AUCAAAACCUCGUUAAACACAACACUAUAAAUACGCACACCGAGAAUCUCGCCCCUAACCACACUUCACUCGCUUCUAUACUCUCUCCCCAAAACCGAAAGAGAAAAUUAUAUCCAUUUUUGUACUAUUCCUAAGAUUUAGGGUUUUCGAAGAAAAAUGGCUGACGAAUCGGAAAGCACUGUGACGGCGGCGAGUGGUGAAACUUUGAUUGAAAAGAUCACAGAGAAGCUUCACUUUCACGAUUCCUCCGAUUCAGGUUCAAGUUCCGAUUCUGAGAAACCUGUUAUUUCCUCUGUUAAGGAUAAGGUUUUUCGCCUUUUUGGAAGGGAGAAGCCUGUUCAUUCCUUCCUCGGUGGCGGAAAGCCUGCUGAUGUGUUCUUAUGGAAAAACAAGAAGGUAUCUGCUGGUGCACUUGGCGCAGCGACUGCUUUUUGGGUGUUUUUUGAGCUGCUUGAAUACCACUUUCUUACUCUUGUAUCUCACAUUUUGAUUCUGUUGCUUGCGCUAUUGUUUUUGUGGUCUAAUGCUCAUACAUUUAUUCACAAGACUCCGCCUCACAUUCCAGUAGUUCAUCUUCCUGAGGAACCAUUUCUGCAAAUUGCAUCUGCGUUGAGAAUUGAAAUCAACCGUGGAUUUUCUGCCUUGCAUAAUAUUGGUUCUGGAAGAGAUUUGAAGAAAUUCCUCAUUGUUAUUGUCAGCUUGUGGAUUCUCUCAAUUGUGGGGAGCUGGUGCAAUUUCUUGACCUUGUUCUACAUAAGUUUUGUUUUGUUGCACACGGUUCCUUUCUUGUAUAAUAAGUAUGAGGAUAAGAUAGACCCUCUGGCCGAAAAGGCAUUCAUUGAGAUUAAAAAGCAAUAUGCAGUGUUCGAUGAAAAGGUCUUGAGUAAGAUCCCAAAAGGUGUGUUGAAAGGCAAGUUAGCUUAGUGUUUAAGAAUGUGUGCUCUCUCGAUAGAACAAAACAGGGAUCCACUUGGAUGAAUGUUUUUAUACAGAGCCUCGUUUCUUUUGCCAUAUACCAAUCCUUGUUUUGGAUUGUUUCUAGGUGGGUAUUGAUACUCGGGAAGAUGUAGUUUUAAAUUUUGCAUAUGUAUUUUAUUGGCUAUUGGCUUCAGUGUUGGACAUCUUGUAUUCCUUUCUUAGCUGCUACUGUAAGCUAAAAAUAUUUAUUAUGUUAAAGUUUUUUUAUUAUAAUAUUUGGGUUUUUCAUCAGUU